AUGUUUGAAGAGAAACUCGUCAUCGGUGUGGCUUCGACCUGCUCCACCCUAGCGAUCGUCGCCUGUUUGAUCGUCGUACCUUCGCUGUACAACACGAUCAACGAGAUCCACGACGAAGUUCUCGAUGGCGUCGCCGUGUUCCGUGUUGAGACCGACUCCGCAUGGGCUCAGAUGAUGGACUUCCAAGUCACUGUCGCUCCUCCAACCAAGCCUCGUGAGAACCCCUUCAACUCAAUCUUCCGUUCAAAGAAGCAGGCCCUUCCAUCAUACUGCCAGUGCACAACACCCACCGUCAACUGCCCACCAGGACCUCCAGGACCACCAGGACAGCCAGGACAGCCAGGACAGCCUGGAAACCCUGGACCACCAGGACCAGACAACACCGUCACAUAUGCUCCCAUCAGAUGCCCAGGAUCAAACACUGGCUGCAUCACCUGCCCACCAGGACCACCAGGACCACCUGGACCAGAUGGACAACCCGGACAGCCCGGACCUGCUGGACAGCCAGGAAACCCCGGAGGCCCAGGAAACGAUGGACAACCUGGACCAGUUGGACCACCCGGAGAUGCUGGAGCACCAGGAAACCCAGGACAAGACGGACAGCCUGGAAACCCAGGACAAGACGGAACCAGUGGAUCUGGAACUCCAGGAGGCCCUGGACCAGCUGGACCACAAGGAUCACCUGGACAGAAUGGAGGCCCAGGACAGCCCGGACAACCCGGAAACCAAGGACCACCCGGACCACCUGGACAGCCUGGAGCUCCCGGUAACCCUGGACCAGACGGACAGCCUGGACAGCCCGGAAACCCAGGACAGCCCGGACAGGAUGCUGCUUACUGCCCUUGCCCACCUCGCUCUGCUGCUGCCCGCAAGAAGGUGGUGGUGGCGGCUGCAAAGAUGGCCAAGCACUAA